AUUCGUCUUAUUGUAGAAGACAACGAGUUGUGCGAUUAUUUGGAAUAAAAUUUAAGAAACAUGACGCAAAGAGCUUUCAUAUUCUUAUUCGCAAUAGUAAUUAUUGUAAUAGUAUCGAUUAUUAUGUUCAUUGUAUUUAGUACUGAUUCAGGUGUUGAGUUGGAACAGAUAAAAACAGUUAUGAUCGAUAAAUACGUAGAACCAAAAUAUGCAGUAACUGCGACAAAUUAUCAGAGAGAUCCGAAGGCGACAUUUGAAAACGAACUUAAACAGAAGAUAGAGAACGUCGUUCCGUUUGGAAUUGCGCUGUUAUCAAUGUACCAAUUGGACAAUACAAAGACUCAGUACUUAGAAGACGUUGAAGACUUAAUAAAAAGAAUAGACAAAAAACUAGGAGGACCAGUAAAAAGUAAUAACACAGUACCUUGGGGUUCUAAUUGGUACCACUGUUCCAUUUCUCUGACUCGGUUGCUCGCGAUGUACGAGUACAUCGGAAAAGAUAAAGGUGUGAUGGAUAUUUGUCACAGAAGAAUUAUUCAGAUAACGCCGAGAUUGGGUCAUUCAUUAGGGUAUAAACGGACAGAUACUAACAUUAUCUUAAUAGGGAUUCCACGUUUAUUGACACUUAAAAAGAACAGGCCGGAUUUGUAUGAAGCAGAUAUAAAAACAAAUGAAUUUAGAGAGCUUCAAAAUCAAAUGAAUUUAAAACCCAGUACAGAUGAUGUUGUAAGAACUGGUGUUUAUCAAGACCAUUCGUGUAUUCAUAAUGACAACAACCCGACUUUCGCAGCGGUAGCUGGACUCGGAGGUUUUUAUCUCGAUGCAUAUCGCGAGCUCAAAUAUGAAGAAAAUAGAAGUACAUUUGUAAAGGAAUUAUUGGACAAACUCCUCCAUCCGGAACUGGAUUUUAUACCCUACGGUCUGUUCGGCCGGUAUCCAAAAAUAGUUUGGGAUAUGGAUUUGAGAAACCAUUGGCCAAAUUACACUAGGAAUCCAAAUUACGACGUAAAUAUAUUCCCAUUCAUUGGUCUCGGCGUAUUUAAAUCACCAAACUUCAUAUUUUCAUUGCGCGUCCAACGUAAGAACAUCGCUGCCUAUGAGAGCGAUAAGUGGUACUAUCAAUGCGCUCUCGGAUGGAUUCAAAUGCGUAAAUUAUAUUGCAAGGAUAUUAAUUACAAUAAAUAUAAAAGUGAACAAGGAAGUGUGAUAAUGUGGGAUAAACUUAAAUUUCAACCGGGUGUAAUUUCAUUUGAUGAUGCCAAAAAUGAUAAUUUUGAUAAUUUCAAAAAACCACAAGAAACCGAGACUUAUUUCCUUCUUCCCAGUUUUUGUCAAGACAUUCGAUCCUAUAUUGGGCACUUGAAUGGUCAUAAGGAUAGAAAACUACUGUACUGGUUCAAUAAAUAUAAAUUUGAAAAAUUCUAUGGAAAAAACGUUGAAAUUUCGGAAAGGGGUGUCUGUACAGACAAUGGUUUAGUCAUGCGAUACGAAAUUAAAAAUCAGUCUGGUAAGGCAUUGAAAUUGAUAUUAAAGGACGCAGAUAUUGGUAACGAAAUGAAAAUUAAACCCUCUGUUGAUGAUUCCGGUACAGGAGUUCUUAUCCCUAACAGCGGAGAGCCGAAAAUAGUUAAAUGGUAUCAGGUAUUUGAUGACACCAUUGAGCCUAAAACAGUUGAUGGGGAUAGUGCGAAUAAUUCUAUGUCAUUUACUAUUAAUGGCGACAUGUAUGUAAUUGAAGAGCAUGGUGGCCAUCAUAUUGUCAAAUGCAAUGGUGAUAUAAUACUCGCGGGUAAUUCAAGCAGUUUGCGUGAGGGUAGUAUAACUCAUCAUGAUACAUCGAGUGGUAAAGAUACAGUAUUCAAAAGAGAUUCUAAGACACUUAUGUAUGUACCUCAGUAAUAAUAGUUAAUGAUACGUUGAUAUGAACAUUGGAAAAAUUGAUGACAAUUACUUUUUUUUUU